AUGUCAGGUAUAAACCCCCGAUUGAGUCAUGGUUCAACGGCCAACCCCGAUCUUGAGUCGGUUCCGCUUGAGGAACCUCCCACACCACCUUCACCGGGAGAAUACUAUAAAGAGAAAGAGCGAGAUUUAGAAAAAGCUUCAACUGGAGAAGAUAGCAACUCUGCAAACGUGGCGAUUCUAGAGAAAGAGGAACUCACACCUGAUAAAGCGUUCACCGUAGCUGUAGAAGGAGAUCAAUCACCGUUCCCCGAGGUAGCAGCUUGUGUACCCAAUUGGGAUGAUCCGACAUUACCAUGUAAUACCGUCCGAGCUUGGAUUCUCGUCACGGUUUUCGUCAUUCUCUUCUCGGGGGUCAAUCAAUUUUUCGGAUUGAGAUAUCCAUCCCUCUCUCUGGGCUACGUCGUUGCUCAAUUGUUGGUCCACCCCAUCGGAAAAGCUUGGGAGAAGCUCCCCCGAUGGCGAGUGCCUCUUGGACCGCUGGCUUUCGACAUCAAUCCAGGAAAAUGGUCAAUAAAAGAGCACUCCUUAAUUGCAAUUUGCGUGAAUCUCACAGCGGGAACCGCAUAUGCAAUGGGUUCAUUAGUAGCUAUUACCAGUCCUGUGUAUUGGAAUCGUGAUUACGGAGCUGGAUUUUCCUUUUUGUACCUUCUUACCACUCAAGCAUUAGGUUUCGGUCUUGCUGGCCUCUCCAGGAGAUGGCUUGUCUAUCCCGCUGCCCUCAUAUGGCCGUCGUCCCUUCCCUCGACUGUUUUACUACGAGCUCUACACGAAAAGCAAGAUCAUUCACCUGCAAACGGAUGGACCAUUACAAGAUACAGAUAUUUCAUCUAUUUGACUUUGGGUGCUUUCGUCUGGUAUUGGUUCCCUGAUUAUAUCUGGACUUCCUUGAGUACUUUCGCAUUUAUAACUUGGAUCGCACCCAACAAUCAAAAGGUCAAUGCGAUUUUCGGUAUGAGCUCUGGUUUAGGUUUAUUACCUAUCAGUUUCGACUGGACUCAAAUCACCUAUGCUUUCUCACCUGCUUCUCCACUUACCACUCCAUUCUACAUCUCCUGUAAUGCGUUUGCAACCAUCGUUAUCUUUUAUCUGUUCUUAUCUCCAAUCUUGUACUAUUCCAAUGUCUGGCAAAGUGCACAUCUUCCAUUACUGUCAAGUAGCACUUUCGAUAAUCAAGGCAAAACAUACAACGUCUCUCGAGUGGUCAACAAGCUCACCCUCGACUUCGAAUUAGAGAAAUAUAAAGAAUAUUCCCCCAUGUACGUUAGCAUGUCAUAUUCUCUCACCUACGGUCUAUCCUUUGCUGCCGUCACGGCCGUAGUUGUAUACACUGUACUGUAUAAUGGAAAAGAAAUUUGGGCAAGGUUCAAAGAUGCUAAACAUGGUGGUGAGGAUAUACAUAAAAGAUUGAUGGCUUCAUAUAAAGAAGUUCCAGAUUGGUGGUAUGGAGUUUUAACUGUUGUUAUUCUCGGAUUGGGUAUUUUCACAACUAGAUACUGGGAUACAGGGCUGCCUGUCUGGGGGUUUAUAGUGAUUUGUUUUGGAAUGGGUGUAACUUUGAUUAUACCUGAAGGUAUCUUGGAAGGAACUACCAAUCAACGUAUCUUCUUGAAUAUCAUUACCGAGUUAAUCGCAGGGUAUAUCUGGCCUGGUAAACCCAUUGCCAACAUGAUGGUCAAGAUGUAUGGGUAUAAUACCGUCAAACAUGGAAUGGACUUCGCUCAAGAUUUGAAGCUAGGUCAAUACAUGAAAAUCCCUCCUCGUACUCUGUUCUUCGCCCAAAUAUACUCUACUGUCUUGGCAGCAGCGGUACAAACAGGAGUCCUCCGAUGGAUGAUUGGUCACAUCGAGGACCUAUGUUCUCCAACCAACAAGAACCGGUUUACCUGUGCCGGUGCCAAAGUAGUCUACAACGCCUCGAUCAUCUGGGGUACUAUAGGUCCUCAGAGGAUGUUUCAGAGUGGUCAAACGUACAACGCUUUGAUGUAUUUCUUCUUGAUUGGACCCGUGGUUACCGUAUUGGUCUGGUUGUUGUACCGAAGAUAUCCCAAUAGCUGGAUCAAAUAUAUCAACGUACCUAUUUUCUUUAACGCUGCUGGUAAUAUCCCUCCUGCCACUACCACCCAAUACUCUUUAUGGUUCAUCUUCGGAUUCCUCUUCAACUACCUGAUUAGGAAAAGAGCAUUCAAUUGGUGGAAGAGAUACAACUACCUCACACAAGCAGCCAUGGAUACUGGUACAGCUCUGGCGACAAUCAUCAUCUUUUUCGCGUUGAGCUACAACAACAUCACGUUUGACUGGUGGGGUAAUACCGUCGGGUCAAACACGAUGGACACGAAGGGUACACCGUGGUUGAGUGUCCCGACGGGGACCCAUUUCGGUCCUGGACCAGGUGAAUUUUAG